AUUGUGAUGCGUUUCCGCAGAGGCCUCCCCUAAUGCUUGCCAUUCUCUUCUGUUAUAGGUCAUCCUUUUCCACGUUAUACCAAUAGUUUUCCUGAUUUCGUCCUCCCAUCUAAGACGCUGUCUUCCUUUGCUUCUUUUCCUUCCUCUUGGGCACCAGUCUGUCACAUCUUUGGCCCAUUUUUCUUUUUUGCAUCUUAUUAUAUGCCCUGCCCAUUUCCAUUUUUGUUUGCGUAUGUAGUGUAUAACUGAUUUAAUUUUAGUUUGUUGUCGUAAUUUUUUAAGUGAUCGUUAAAAUUAAUUAUUGUGUGAUUAACUCGACAUUAUGAAUAUCCAUUACCAACUUUUCAUCCGCAACAGACAAGGCCGAACGUAACGCGAGAAAAUCAGGAAUUCUCCUGCGUCCGGAUUUAAAUUACUUUAAUAAAAAUAAAUGAGGAAAUCGUUAUGUAAGUGCGAUCAAUACGGUGAAAAAACGCGUCCUGCCUUGCACAAUGAGCUCACCUUCGCCGCAGGACGCGCCCGAUGGAGCGUGCAAACUGCACACUGCAAGUCGAUGCAAGCAGUGCAGCAUUCCGCGACACAGCAGUGCAACUGUGAAUACUUCAUACUCUCGCAGUGCACGCACUAUUUUGUUUUGUUUUUAAAAACAACAAGUGUGCAAUGGUAUUACAAUUGAUUUUGAGGCUAGGGUUGAUGGCGCUGGCGUGUGGGGCGCGCAGCGCGGCGGCCGGCCUGCUCAGCAAGGCCACGCGCUCGAAGGCCGACGACAACAGUUUGAGGAACAGCGUGUUCGACUUCAUCAUCGUUGGCGGCGGCACGGCCGGCUGCGUGCUCGCCAACAGGCUCUCCGCAGUGCCCGACUGGAAGGUUUUACUGCUGGAAGCGGGAGACGAUGAGAACAUAGACUACGAUAUCCCCGGCGUGCCGACGCGGGACUACCGGCCCAUCGUGUGGAACUACCGCACGGAGCGGAAUGGGUACUCGUGUCUGUCGCGGCCUGGAGGCGCCUGCGAGGUGCGCACGGGCAAGGUGCUAGGCGGCUCUAGCGUUACCAACGACAUGAAGUACACGCGUGGCCAUCGGCGCGACUAUGACGCCUGGCACAACCCCGGACACAUCGCCUCCCUCGACUGGCAGUUCGACAAUUUGCUCGAGCACUUUAAAUCUUUCGAAGACAACGGCGACUACGACGUAUUAAUGAAUUCUUUGUACCAUUCCCGCGGCGGCGACUUGCGCGUGCAAAGGUUCAAGCACGCCGAUCGGUUCGUGGAAGCGUUCUCCAAUGCUUUUGCCGAAAUGGGUCUGCGCACGAUGGACAUAAACACGAACGUAGCAGAGGCCACUGUGGUCAACCAGUUUACGAUAUACAACCACACGAGGUUGAGCACUAACGGCGCUUUUCUGAAGCCAGUGCGUCAUCGCAAGAACUUGGUCGUGAUGACCGGAGUGACCGUCACUAGAAUUGUUAUAAACAAACAAGAAAAGUCCAUCGAUGGCAUCGUAUACGAAAGUGAGAAGGGCAAAGAACAUCCUGCUUACGCCAAGCGCGAAAUAAUAUUAACAGGGGGCGCUGUCAAUAAUGUACGACUCUUGCAUUUGUCUGGUAUCGGUCCCAAGGCCGAAUUAAAGAAACACAACAUAACAGUAAUUCACGAACUCCCCGUGGGAACAUUCUAUCAAGACCAGGUCACCACCGGAGGCCUCGCUUUCGCCAUUAAUGACGUCGCCCCGGUAGAUGAAAAUACUAUUAUUAAUGAUUUUAAAACAUGGUUCCACUCUCGCAGCGGGCCGUUGGCGUCGCGAGGAAUAAAUCAGUUGUCGGCGUUCUUGCAACUAUAUGAGAACAAUAAUAAUGCACCCGACGUCGAAAUAUCCUUUGAAGGUAAUUACGUAAGAAGUGACAAAUUCUUGCUCACAAAUAUCAGUGUUCAUUCAGUGGAAGAAUUCUCCAUGCCGUUACCUUAUUAUAACCUAAUAUCUGUUUACCCCGUUUUACUAAAACCUAAAAGUAAUGGUAAAGUAAUGUUGAAUAAAAGAAAUCCAAAAUACGGACGACCAAUCAUUCAAGCUAACUUUUUAAAGGAAUCCGAAGAUUUAGACACACUGGUCGACAGUAUCGACAUCGCGCUGCAACUACUCGAUACGAGGGAGUUAAAGAAAGCUGACAUUAAAUUUGCUCCUAUAGAUUUGUUCCCGUGCGAUAAACUACGGAACAGAGAUCAAUGGAAUUGUAUAGCUAGACAUUAUACUAAGGCUAUGAGUAAUCCUAUCGGCACGUGCCGUAUGGGAGACAACAGUACAAAUUCAGUCGUAGAUUAUUAUCUAAAGGUGCAUGGUAUUGAAGGCUUACGAAUUAUCGACGCGUCCGUGAUGCCGACGCAUGUCCGCGGCGGCAUCUACAUACCGACAAUCAUGAUUGCAGAGAAAGGUGCUAAAUUAAUAAAAAGUGAUUGGAAAGACAACAAAAGUAGAUAUAAUAGCAGAAGGUGACAUCGAGAU